UAGCAGAAGUCACGCGCGGUGCAUGAUGGGAUAAAGCAGAGUGUGAAGUGUGCUCGGAUGCACGCUUCGUUCACGGCUGAUCUCCAUUGGAACGCUGGAAACGCAGGGCAUAUCCGUCGGACGCAUUUGUCGGGUGCACAGAAAUGGGACAGGUCUGGCCGCGGCGGAAGUGACGUAUUUCCCAUGUCUCUGCUGUUCUGUCUCGCCCUCUCCCUCCUGUCCCUCCUGGGUCCAGUCUGGAGCACCAGAGCGGAGAACAUGGACUACGGUGGCGUACCUCUUUGGAUCAACCGAGUUUUGGGAGAACCCAGCGUCAUGAGUCUGCAGGGCCGGAGCAUAGACCUGUCCUGGUUCAGAGCCAACAGCCCCCAUCCCUGCCCCGCCCAGUGUGUGUGUCCCAUACAGUGGCCUACCGCACUCUACUGUGACUACCAGGAGCUCUCUAACACACCUGAGACACUGCCAGACCGGACACAGUACUUAUUUAUACAGGGCAACAACAUCUCGUCCCUCUCCCCCUCUCUCUUCUCUAAUGCCACUGGUGUGCGCUGGCUCAUUUUGGACCAUAAUCUGCUCAAAUCCCUGGACCAGGACCUGCUCCAGAACCAGACGGAGCUGACGUACCUGUUUGCCAAUCACAACCACCUGAAGUCCAUCCCCGGGGGUCUGCCUACGGGGCUCCGGCAGCUCAGACUGGCCCAUAACCGGAUCAGCACCAUUGGAGCCAGUGCCCUCUCCGCACUGCACAGACUGAGUGUCCUGCUGCUACAGGGGAACCGGCUCAAGACUGUGUCAGAGGGAGACUUUUCAGGUCUGUUGAGCCUGAACCUUCUGGACCUGAGUGGAAACCAGUUUAAGUCCGUCCCAAAGCACUUGCCUCGCGCAGUGCAGCAGCUGUACCUGUCCAACAACACCCUCUCCUCCCUGGACCAGGACAUCUUCAGCCCCUACCCCGACCUCAAGUACCUCCGCCUGGGUCACUGCUCCCUCCACAGCCCCAAGAUCCACCCGAACGCAUUCAACCUGUCCAGUCUCAUCGAACUGGACCUUUCCUACAACCAGCUGACCACCACGCCCCCGGUGCCCACCAGUCUGCAGUACCUCUACCUGGAGGCCAACCACAUACAAGAUUUCAACCUGACCAGUUUCUGCAGAGAGGAGGGGCCCAUGUCGUACUCACGGCUCCGGAUAUUAAGACUGGAGGGAAACGGGAUCAGAGCACAUCAACUCCCUCCCGACUGGGUCUACUGCCUCAGGGUGCUACAACGACUCUAUAUAUGAACACCGGGAUUUUAAACGUCCUAUGUUAGACUAAAUAGACUCUUGUGAGCUUUCAGUCAUGUUAUAAUAUUGUUACCUCUUCAAAAACACACCUGGAGUUGUGUUUUGUUUCAUUCACACAUGUUUGAGUAAUCCUGCAUUAUUAGUCUGUAACAUAUCCAAACCUCA